UGGAACUGUCUAAUGUAUGGUCAUGGUGGAGAGCAUUGUCAUCGAGGUGCCGCUUGCAUGAUAUGCGCAGAAAACCAUCAUACAAAUGUUUGUCCAUUUAAUACAAAUGAAAAGCGACCAGCUGUUUUUACUUGUUUUAAUUGUAAAAAACAUGGAAAAGAAAGAACUGAUCAUGCAGCAAACGACAUAAAUUGUCCACUACGUUCUCUUUAUCUGGAGACGAGGGCAAGAGUAACAACUAAAUCUCAUAAUAAUAACAGAGUACAGCAAAAUCUAAAUACAUUCCAAUUCAACGGUGUGGAAUUUCCCAACUUAGGCAAUACAACAAGCCGCAACAAUAAUAAUAUAAUGAAUGCCAACGUUUCAUACGCAAACCAGCUGAAAAAUAAUUCCGAUCUGUUUAGUGUCGAUGAACUUUUCGAUAUCUUUACAACUGCUAUGGAAGAUUUACAAAGAUGUACAUCAAAAGUGCAACAAAUUAAAGUUGUUAUGUCUAUGAAACGACAGGUCAGAUGGAAGAGGAGGAGGCGUCGCUUUACUGGUUCAUAAAUCUAUAAAACAUAAAAACUGCUUCACAUUUAACACUAGAUCUAUUGAAAAUAUAUCUAUAGAAAUAACAAUAAAUAAUAGACCGAUUGUAAUAACUUCUGCAUACUCGCCCCGUUAUAACAAUAAUUUCUCUAAUGAUAUUCAUAAACUUACACCUUCAGCCAAUGAAUACAUAGUUUUAGGAGACCUAAAUGCUAAACAUUCCGCCUGGAAUUGUGCUACAAGUAACACAGCAGGUGUCAUACUCAACAACAUACAACAAACUUGUAACUUUUUCGUAUACUACCCAAAUAGUCCUACAUUAUACCCACAUCAACGUAAUAGACAACCGUCUACGGUCGAUGUGGUAAUUAGUAAUUCCGCACUAAAUAUAGAAGUAAGAACGUUGGGUUACGAAAUUCCUUCAGAUCAUCGUCCCAUUAUUUGCACCAUAAAACGAUCGAAGGCUUCAAUUGCUGAUAUCAGUUACUAUGAUCAUAGAUUAACGAAC